UCCAGGCAAGUCACUGGAGAGAGCAGUGCGGCUCUGGAAGGGAGGAUCAUGGAGAUACUCAGCAUUCAGCAGUUGGUAAGUGAGGAACGGCCCGAAGAGAAAGUUGGUUGUUUUGCAGCACGCACGAGAGGCGCAGCCUGGGAACCAGAACGUUGGCGCUCCGGUCCGGCUGGGCCCUGGUGGGAAUCGGUGGAAAGAGAGAAGCAGAAAGCAGAAGAGGAGAAGAAGAAAAAGCUUGAGGCCCUCAAUAAUGCCAGGUUGAAGAUUGACACCUUGGAAGACUUGGCAGCCAUUGUCAAGCAUCGCAAGCAGAAGAAGAAAAAGUGUAAGAAAGUGGUCCUCCCCAAACCGCAGGAGCCAGAAAUUAUUAUCGAAUCGGUGGAGCCAGAGCAGUUUCUUGAUGCCGCGCUGGAGAACCGGAUUCUUGUUAUCGAUAAAUAUCUGGCCGAUGGAGGGGACCCCAAUUUCCACGACAAGUUCAAUUGCACAGCCCUGCACCGAGCCUGUUUGCGGGGCCACAAAGAGAUCGUGGACAAGCUGCUGGAAUCGGGAGCCAAGCUGGAGCCAAGAGACAUGCUGGAGGCGACCCCCUUGUUCUGGGCUUGCCGCGGAGGACACCUGGACAUCCUCAAGGGGCUGAUCAGCCGUGGAGCCAAAAUUUCCACCCGGGACAAGCUAUGGAGCACUCCUUUGCACGUGGCUGUCCGUACCGGCCACUCUGAGUGCGCGGAACAUCUCAUUGCCUGCGGAGCGAAGAUCAAUGCCCAGGAUAAGGAAGGAGAUACACCCAUUCACGACGCAGUUAGGCUAGGACGAUUCCAGGCGGUCAAGACGCUAUUGAUGUACGGGGCAAAUCUUAACAUCCAGAAUGAGGAGGCGGUCACCCCGGUUGACCUGGUGAAGGAUUGGCAGACGGGAAUCCGGGAGACGCUUCAAAUGUGCGCCAACCGGCAGCAAGGCCUCGCCAGGAGCUGCUGAAUGAGGGUCUCAAACUCAAGGCCCGGGGGCCAGAUCUGGCCCGCAAGGUUGCCCUGGAAACAGUGAUGGACCGGCCCCCCUCCGUCGUGGCCCGGCACUGAUUAAAAUUUGAUGGCAGCCAUCUGGGCUGGAAUGCGGUCAGCUUUAGAUCCACGGGGCUGCCCUGGAGUCGGUGAGGGGCCGUCCGUGCUGCAUGCACUGGAGACAAGGGAUCCCUCCAGACCCACCCGGGCUACAACAGGCGCCCCCGACACAAGCAACAUCAAGCUGGUCACGACCACCCACUCCACCCCACCUCCCGUCAACCACAACCCUGAUGCAGCCCUCAAUGAAGUAAGAAUUUGGCACCCCUGCACUAUUCCCUUCCAUAUUGGUGUUAACUCUUGUCCUGUGUCAAGUUGGCCGUGACAAGUUGCCCGUGUCGAGUUGUCGUAGACCCACCAGGAGCUGCUCCCGUUGUCACCAUUUUCAGCCACUGCUGAUCCUGGGUCCCUGGUUGUCCUUGCCCUCGUUCCUUGGUACAUUAGACAAGAGGAUGAGGCCCACCUUGGUGCUGCUUCUGGACAGGGCGAGUUCUCCUCCACCAGCACCUGGCCCUUCUCCAACAACACGAUUCCUCCAAUGAACGAAGGGGCCAAAAACGGCCGACAGCGCAAAGUUUGCACCGGGCCGGCUGGGCAUCCUUUUGCAAGCUCCAUGACGGAUUAUUCCGGGGGUGGGGAGGACACACAUGCCAACCAGGCACCCCCCUCCCUCUAAUUGUAACUUCUUUGCUGUGGGGGGACUGGGUUCUCCCUACUGACCUCUUACCUAUUCAUGACUUCAAGGUCUGCCUUCAACGAGCGCGUGCCCCAGAGCCGAGAUGGGCAUCCAUGAAGGCCAGCCUUGCUCUCUCUCUCAAUCUGGAACAGGAUUUGUACCAUACCGGCUCUGGUGACUAUUUAUUUAUUUAUUUAUUUAUUCCCGCCCUGCCCUUCUCCCUUUUCCAAAGGAAGGGCGGCCGAGACGAUUACUUGAAUUUUUCUGUGUAAACCGACACCCAACUUCAACUUCUUUGCGACAGUUUGUGACCCCCCCAAAGCUGUCGCAAACGAUACUGUAGUCCUUUCGGUCUAAGUUGUGGAGUGGGGAAUAACAGUCCCUGGAUGACCGACACACAUCAACUCCCAGGAUUCCUGAGACAAAGCCAGGAAUUCUGGGAGUUCAAGUCCACAGGUCAUAAAAGGGGCCACAGUCCCCCACUAUGGGUCUAAGUCAGGGGGUCUCCGACUUUGGCAAUUUUAAGACUUUAUGGACUUUCGUCAACUCGCGAAGUUGGAUUUUUCUUGAAACUGUGUUUGAGGCUCCUUGCUUUUAUUAUAGCGCCGGUCGGAACCCUGACAGACUUCAACUCCCAGAAUUCCUCAGUCAACAUGGCUGGCUGAAGAAUUCUGUGAGUUGAAGUCCACGAGUC